UCCUUCUCUCACCUGGAGUCUCUGCACGCACUCAGUCCACACUGCCUGCACCUUCUAACCCAUUUGAGGACUGAUCGCUGACUGCGUGUUGGUUUGGAUCAUUUCAAACAUGAUUGCUGCGAUUUUCAUCACCUUGAUGUGUUUCUGCCCGCUCCAUCCUACUUUUGGACAGGACUGUCCCAGUAGACAGGAAAUACAGGGCUCUCUGAAGCAGGUACAGAAGCUUCUCUCAACACACGAAGCCUCGUACGUGCAGAGUCUUCGCAACUUGAAGAAGAAAAUAAAUCUGUUGCUGAGCAGUGCUGGGAAGCAGACCACAACAUCCAUAAACAGUACCUGCCCGAGGCUGGACGCGCCCAUCAAUGGGAGGAAACUUGGCAAAUCGCACGUCGUGGGCCAUGAGGUUCACAUCCUGUGUGACCCUGGUUAUGAACUCGUGGGAUCGGAGAGCAGGGUUUGUCAGGAAGGCUCGAUCUGGAGCGGCCAGCUGUCUACUUGCCGAGACAUCAAUGAGUGUGCAUCGUCUCCGUGCCUGAAUGGUGGGACAUGUGUGGAUGAGGUGAACCAGUUCUCCUGCGUUUGUACCAAAGGCUGGGCCGGAGUUACCUGUCAGAGCCCCGUGCCAACAUUCUUUGUCACCAUGACAAACACCUCCGCCGCCACCUCCCCAGCCACCGCCGCUGCUUCCUUCCUGCCGGCUGCCACCAUGGGGCCUUUUGUUCGUCCAUCACGUUGCACCGUAGUUCAGGGGACCACCCACUGCACCUGUGAGCCAGGAUACACCAUCUCUGGCAGGGACAGCAACACCUGUUCCGACAUAGAUGAAUGCGAGCUGUUCCAUAAUGGUCAGGCUGGGAGACUGUGUUUACAUGCUUGUGUUAACACACCUGGAGGUUACCGCUGUUCUUGUCCUAUUGGAUACAAUGUGACCCGCGAUGGACGCAGCUGUAGAGACAUUGAUGAGUGUGCCACCAGACAAAACAACUGCACCAAGGACCAAAUGUGCAUCAACACUUACGGUGCUUUCCAGUGUGUCCGCGUUGACUGCCCUAAAAUCCCUAAUGCGACAUAUGUCAAGACGUCGCCUAUGCGCUGUGAACGUAACCCCUGUCCUGUGGACAACAAGGCAUGUUCCCAGACCCCAAACUCCUUCUCCUACCAUUACCUGGCUGUUGUGUCCAACCUGUCAGCCCCUCGUGUCAUGUUCAGGGUCUCAGCAUUACGUCCAAUUGGAGAUACACUUCGAUUCUCCCUGCUGGGGGGAAAGCAAGCUCGGCGCCACUUCACAGUGCAGCGCUCCGACCGUGUGACAGGUCAGCUGAUGCUGAUGAACCCAGUGCACGGCCCUGCCACACUGGAAGCAGAAGUGGAGAUGAGCGAGCUGGAGAGGCGGGUCCAGCUGGGGAGGUACAUCACCAAAAUCACCAUGUUUGUUUCCCAGUAUGAGUUUUAGAAAGUGAAGAAUGAAAGUAGAAACAUGCUUUCAGCACAAAGGUCAAAAACAGAAUUAUGAUUGGGAUUCAAUUAAGAAUUUUGGAUGACUGUCUUUACAGUUGCUGCAGCCAAGUCUCAAAGCAUUAUAACUUUAAAGUGAUGGGAGGAUAAACACUUGUUUUGAAUUCAAAAAAUAUUUCAGAAUAUGCGCAAAUCUUUUGGUUGGUUUAACUAUUAGAGCAGGAGUUUGGUAUGGUUGAACAUAUUUAUUUCACAUAGAAAUGAGUGUGUUACAUAUCAAAGGUCAAUGACGUGAUGUAGCUAAAUGUGCAGCAGCAUUCAACCAGCGUAACUAGGAAAUGUAGACAGACCAUCUUGAAUGAAAGUGUUUUAAUGCUGUGUUAACAUUUAUAUUAUGUAUUCUGGAAAUUUAGUCACGCCGUGUGAAGAUUUUGUAUUUCUCUUCAAGAUCAUUUUGAAUUUAAAUAUUCUGGUUGUAGUACAACUAUAAAACAAUCAUUAAACAACAUUUCUUAAAAAGUUCCUUUUUUAAAUUGUAAAAUGUCCCCUUCUACAAUAUGCUGUAAGAAGAAUAUACAUAUAUAUAUAUAUAUAUAUAUAUAUAUAUAUAUGUGUGUAUGUAUGUAUACAUAAGUAUAUGUGAACAGUGGUUAUUUGGGAAACACUUCCGUUCUCGCUGUAUACAGAACAUUGCUGUUCAGCAGACAGUCAAAGAGCCACUGUGUUCUGUGUGCAUGAACAACUUGAACUUUUGAAUGUGAAAUAAAGUUCACAUGCA